AUGGCGGCGCCCGACGCGUGCUCGUGUUGCGGGCAGGUUGGCCACCGCAUCGGUACUUGCCCUCUUCCAGCAGCCAAGGAGUUGAUGAAGCUGCGCGAGCUCGCUCGGCCGCGGAAGACCAUCUCCAAGCGAAGCACAGAGAGAAUCACGCCUCGCGCAGACGGACAAUACAAGGCUGGCCGGACGAUGCAGUACACCGGCAAGCUGCGGCCAGGCGAAGCGCGGCCGCAGAGGGCGAAGGAGCUGCUGAAUAAGGGCGCCGACCGCAAGUCCUUUGACAUGCGCGGGGCCGAAGAGGCCGUGCGGAACAUGGUCAGCUACGGCUUCUUGCCCGCGCCGACUACUUGUCCGAAGUGCGGCUCUGGCUUGGGGAUCGUCUCGACCAAGCGCUUCGCGGGGUACGUGCAUGUGAAGCCCGUCGACCUCAACCGCCUGGUCACUCACUUCUGCCGCAACAAGCCAGCCGAGUCUCCGCGGGCCAUGGGCGCGGCCAAUCUGUUCGGGAUUGGAAGGGAGGUCGCGGACCACGUCUUCAAGGUGCUGAGGCAGCGGGAGUCCGAGCUCGGGAAGAGCGAGUCCACCGACAUGACCUUGCAUGGGAACGUCGAGGCAGACAGCCACAAGGUCGCGGAGUGCUUCGUGUCGCCGUCGAACGAGCACUUCGCCAAGGAGAUCAAGGAUUGGAAGAAGAGCCAUCGCAACGAGAGCCUCCCGAACUACUUCAAGCUUCACGCGCGCGUCGCAGGGGCGUCGCAGCGGGGCGGGCGCCUCAUCCUGGCGCCCUUGCCGAACAAGGUGGUGAAGCCGAAGGGCCGCCCACCGCCCGAAGGCGUUCGGGAGCUCCGUGCUACGCGCUUGCUGGAGCGCGUGGUUCGACGGUCGCCGCGCGGCGCCAAGCCCGCCGUCUUCGCUGAUGGCGCGAAGGCGUGGCGACAGUGCGCCGCCGACUACCCGAGCAUCAACUUCGAGCAGGUCAGCCACGCCCGCUUCCAGUUUACCAAGAAGACCGAGAAGAAGGUCGGGGCUUCCGACGUGGCGGGCACCCAGUCCAUUGACGCCAGGUGGAAGAAGCUUCAGAAGUUCUUGCCUAAAGAGCUGAAGGUUCGAUCUGACAGGCAUGCUGGCGUGAACCCGAACUUGAUGGAGUAUAUGUGGUCUUGGUGCUGGCGGCGCAACCAC